AUGGCUAAAUUUGAGUUUGUGUUGACUUCUGGGAUCUCAAUAUUGCAUGCCCUAAAGAUGAGUUCCCUCUUCCCGGAGCUGAUCAUCGAUGUUACCACUGGUUAUGAGACAAUGUCGUUCAUGGAUGGUUCUUUCGGCUACAAUCAAAUCUGCAUGGCACUAAAAGAUGUAGAACUCACCAUAUUGCGCACACCUAAGGAAAGUUAUGAAGGGACAAACAUUAGACGAUUUUCGGCAAACCACCCGAUACCAGAUGAUUGUGAGUUAACUGAUGAGAUUCCUGAUGAAGAUGUGAUGUAUGUUGAAAUUCAACCUCUUUGGAAAAUGUACUUUGAUGGGGCUACACAUCGUGGCAGAGAUGGCGCUGGCAUGGUGUUCAUCACUUCACAAGAAGAGAUUCUACCAUUCUCAUUUACUUUGAAGCAACAUUGCUCCUACAAUGUUGUUGAAUAUCAAGCAUUGAUACUUGGACAUGAAAUGGUUGUCGACAUGAAGCAAUUACACUUACAAGUCUUUGGUGACCAUCAAUUGGUGAUCAAUCAACUCUUGGGAAGUUAUGAGGUGAAGAAGCCCGAAUUUUGCCCUUAUCAAGUUUAUGCUAAAGAGUUUAUAGGAUGGCUUGGAGAUAUAACCUUCCAACAUGUGCCUAAAAUGGAAAAUAAGAAAGUUGAUGUGUUGGCUGCCCUAGCUUUAACGUUAACUCUUCCUGUUCAGACAUAA